UCAGCUGCGCUGCAUGCAACUCGAACUGGUGCCAGGCGCCACCAUCAACAUAUCCACGCAAAGGUAGCACGAAUGCUCUUCUCUUAUCAAUAUAGUCAACAUCUGCUAGCUGAAGAGGAUAUUUCCGGAUUGGACUAAACUAAAAUAAGUGCUUCAAAGUCCUCUAUUUCUGCCAACAAUCGAUUUGUGUUGUCCAAACAUAAGAAGAGGCGUGACCUUGGUUGGAGCGAAGCGAAACCCAAGUAAGGUAAGAAUUCCUAAUGGUAUUUUCAACACAAGACCUUGAACUUUCGUUUCCGAUUAGCUGAACUUAGACUAAAUUAUUUAUUUUGUGGGUCUCCUUAUCAGUUGGAAAUGAAGAAAUAUUUUAUUCCGUGAUUCAAAUAAGGCACUAUAGAUUAUUGGAUUCAUUUCACGAAUCAUAUCCAAGUCAAAGGUCGAUGAAAUGGUCAUCAAUCGAAUGGUGCGGGCUGCCAAUCGUGGACUGUGUACAACAAUAUCGAACCUUAAUUAAAUUAUGUCAUACGCGUAACUAGUCGUAAUUGUUGGCUAGAUAUGUAUAUGUAGGUAUGUCGUAAAACUCGAGUGUGACUAGCACGCUUUAUGCAUUUGUGUUUCUUUUUGUUGAUUGAGACAAAUUUCGGUUUAUUCCUUCCCCAAAAACAACACGCUUUCACUUUAGUUGUUCGUACGACAUGUCUGGCCGCCGACAGCUUAUGAGGCAUGACUCCCAAGCAUCGUACAUUCCAGAUUGGCUCGAGUGCCAUCGCACACCGGUAUCAAUGAUCCUUCGGUUGUAUUCCAGUUUUAUCCUGUUCUGGGACUUUUGCAUCAUCCUCAUCUAUUUUGCACUGCAGCUACUGCGGUCUCUUUAUCAGCAGGUCAAACUGCCAAAACGAAAAUCAGUAGCAGGGGAAAUUGUGGCGAUAUUCGGAACGAGCCGCGGUUUGGGCCGUGAAAUUGCCAUUCAAUUAGCAGAACUUGGUGCCAAAGUGGCCUGUGUAGAUGUCAAUUCAACGGACAACGAUGCACUGGUCAAGGCCAUUAAUUCCAGCGGCUACGUAGCCCAUGCCUUCGAGUGUGACGUGACAAACAAAAACGAUGUCAUUCGGACGACCAGUGCCAUCGAGAAGAAAUUCGGUCACAUAUCGAUGCUAUUCCACUGUUGUGGAGUACCUAGCCCCCGAUCACUCGUAACGGAUCCCCCUCCAAUCCAGACUACUCUCAAUCUGAGUGUCAUAUCACACUUUUGGCUACUUGAAGCCAUCCUGCCAAAAAUGAAGCGAAAUAAUCAUGGCCAUAUUGUAUUCCUCACGUCUGUUGCCGGCCUGAGCGGUGUGAAACAUCAGACUCCUCUGGCGGUGGCCCAGUUCGCCGUCCAGGGUUUGUUCGAAUCAGUUCUGGACGAGCUACGCAUCGAAAAGUUUCAACAUACCAUCCAAACUUCACUCGUGCAUUUGUAUCCGUUCGUGAUAACGGAUAAAUCUCGUAACGAUAUAAGGAUGCGCAUACCGUCAGCGUUUGGAACCAUACCGGCCGAGGAAGCCGCAAAGCGCAUCAUAGACGGUGUUCGUCGGAACGAGUUGGAGAUCAGCAUCCCCAAGUAUCUACUGGUGCUGGGUCAUCUUCUGAAGCUAUUGCCGCGACGGGCGACUCUUCUUCUAAGAGAGCUGUUCGAUACGGGUGUGGAUUUUUAAUGCCGAGCGCUCGAAUUCCAAAAUGCCAUACGAAACCUAGUGUUCAGAUAAGUUUUUGUGUUUUCGUUGAUUUUUUACACUGUCGAAACCGUCUCGAGGUUGAGAGUUUCCGUAUUUACGACUACUUUUUAUCAAUACAAUACUAACCAAAAGACCUAGAAAUAGAAGAGAGUGUUAUUGUUUGUUAUGCUCAUUUAUGCCAAAUAAAGUAAAUCUAAAAUACGUUUUUAA